AUGUCCUCCUUCUUCGGCUUUGCCGCAGCUCCAGUUGACGUCGAAAUUCGACUCAAAGGCGAGGAAGAGCGGAAACAAGUCGAACUCAAAGGCGAAAAGGAUCGCAGGGAGCUCUGCCCAGUCUAUUACGAUGGGGAAAGCGUCGAUGGCCAAGUUCUCGUGCGCGUCAAGGACGGCAAGAAGUUCCAGCAUGAUGGCAUCCGCAUCGAGCUUGUGGGCUCGAUUGAACUCUUUUACGACCGCGGAAACCAUUACGAGUUCGUAUCUCUGAGCCAAGAACUAGCAGGCCCGGGAGAGAUGCGCCAGGCGCAGUCGUUCGACUUCACCUUCAAGAACGUGGAGAAGCAGUACGAGAGUUACUCGGGUAUCAACGUUAAACUGCGCUACUAUAUCCGCGUGACUCUGAUGAGGCGCGCGGGCGAGAUGAGCAAGGAGCGAGAGUUCUGGGUGCAUUCGUACCGCAUGCCACCUGACAGUAACACGAGCAUCAAGAUGGAAGUGGGCAUUGCGGACUGCCUUCAUAUCGAGUUCGAGUACAAGAAGGCCAAGUACCACCUCAAGGACGUGAUUGUUGGCAAAAUCUACUUUCUUCUUGUCCGAAUCAAGAUCAAGCACAUGGAGCUCGCCAUCAUUCGACGCGAGACGACGGGAGCCGCCCCCAACCCUUACAACGAGUCGGAGACGAUUACCAAGUUUGAGAUCAUGGAUGGGGCUCCGGUUCGAGGGGAAACUAUCCCCAUCCGCCUCUUCCUAGGCGGCUUUGAGCUUACACCAACAUUCCGGGACGUGAACAAGAAGUUCUCGGUCCGGUAUUACCUGAACCUUGUUCUGAUAGACGAGGAGAACCGACGCUAUUUCAAACAGCAAGAGAUUACCGUCUAUCGUAUCCCCGAAAACUGA